AUGGCGACGACUGUGUCUCGGUUGUCAAUGGCGCAAGAAACGUCCCUGCAUAAAGCGGCUUUGCUCGCUAGGACAAAAAUGGUGCUGUACAGAGUGUGGGAAAUGUCGUAUUCGGGAAUAAGGACGUUGACUGCCCUUGUGGAGAGACGUUUCAUCCUGCAUGAAUGCCCCCUCUAUGAAGAGCAACGGGGGACCCUUCGGAACGUGUCAAGGACCAUGUACCUACCGGACAUCCUCGGCACCAAAGAAGGAAUCACAGCACUGAGCCAGUUCAUGGAAACCACAGGAGCGUUCACCCGGACGGGACAACUACGAAACGAGAGGCUCGCCCCAGAGCCAGAAGAAGAGGGAAAGUGGUGGGAAGAAGACGAGGGCGACACAGAAGACGAGCAUGGAUAG